UGAACUGUCACUUCAACUGUAAUUUCAUAAGUUCAUUUGUGCGCUGGCAGCGAGAAUGCGCGCUGUCUACGUCAUCUUUCAACUUCGUGCUUAGGCAGCAAGUAAAUUCAGCUGCUUUGUCGUAUUCACAUGUUUAAAAUUUAUGUGUGCAAGGUUACUUGGACAUUGUCACUCUUCUGCAUUCGAUGUACGAACACCGGGCCUUACCUAGCAGACGACACGGAACUUGCAAUUGCAGUCCUAAACUUGAUUAAAAUUUUAUUUGUGAAUAAUGUGUGUGUACGUUUAUACAGACUGAUACAUAUUUUAAAGUAAGAUAACUAGCUUUGCCAUAAAUUACAUGCAUGCACUAAAAAUAAACACUUGCUAGCGCCACUGUUGCUUUCUUACAUAAUCAAGUAGUCGCAGCAGUUCUGCAGGAACACUUUUGUUCUUGAGCUGUCGGUUUGCGUGCCUCAUUUGUUGGUGUGAUUGUGGUACCUGCAUGGCAAGCUGAUUUCGGCGACGCGCGGAAAUCAGUGUAGCAAGCGUUGCACGAUGAGCCAGGAGAAAGAGCGGAAGCGCCGUAAACUCUAUUUAGUCGAUGCGGACGCGCCCUUUGUUGUUCCACGCUCCACGCUAUGGUACAACAAGCAGCGGCCCAUCACGCCGAGCACCUCGGCGGCACAGCCUUUGACUGACGCCCUACCCGACGACGCUGCAGACACCGCAGAUACUGCCAACUGCGAUGAAAAUCGCCAGCGAGGGAUCGGCGUAGCUGCUUCCAGCGCUGAUACUGACGACAGUGCCCUGGCAUACUUAAGCGACGCACAGCCGCCAAGAACCACAAGUGAAGCUGGCAUCACCAGUGACGACUUAUUCGACGAUGAGCAGACGGAAUUUGUGGAUGCCGUGAGCGAGAGUGGCUGCAGCGGUGAAGACAGUGACCAUACCGACGAAGAACGAAGUGACCCCGCCAAUGGGCCUGUGCCACAGUUCCAUGACACCGAGCUGCUAGCUCAAUGUGUCCGCCACUUCGGAAACAAAACACUGCCUUCUUCAUCAACAACACUGGCUGAGGCUGUUGUGUUGAUUAUGGCGUUUGUUGUGGCGCAUGGGCUCACUUGGUCGGCGGUUGAUGAUUUGUUAAAGUUGGUUGACGCUUUGUUUGGGCAUCGGCCAUCUGGUCUCCCACGCUCAAAAUACCUGUUUCGAAAGCUUUGGGCUCCCAAAUGUGAACAGAUAGCCCAGAGACAUUACUAUUGCGAAUUGUGUAUGUCGCUUCUUGAGAUGAGUGAGAACAAGAGGAGUCUCCACUGCACUAUAUGCCAGCUAUCAUACGAUGUGAGUGAGGUGAAGAAGAAAGGGUGCUUCUUUGCUAUUAUGGACAUAAAAGAACAGCUUCAACACAUAAUAGCAAGAGUCAAGGAGCUCCUUUUCAGCAGUCUAUCAAUGCUACGAGACGAACAAAGUUCAGGAAAUGUAGUGACGACAGACAUUGCAAAUGGGGCAAUUUGUAAAGGACUCCGCCAAAUGGGUCUUAUGAAAUGGAGUGACUUAACAUUAACUGUGAAUACAGAUGGGAGCCCAUUGUACAAGUCCUCCAAUGCCUCCAUUUGGCCCAUUCAAUUGUCGAUCAACGAGCUUCCGCAGCCCCAUCGAAAUGCAAAUACCUUCCUCGCCGGCUUGUGGUUUGGGCGGAAACACCCUGAUAUGGCUCUUUUUAUUGGGAAGUUUGUGAAAGCCUUACAGAUGGUUGGGGAGAUUGUGUGGCAGCAUGGUGCUGUGGACCUGAUCUCCAGAGUAUACCUAGCUUGUGUCUGCGUUGAUGCCCCUGCCAGAGCAGCUGUUGGAAACCAGACACAGUUCAAUGGCUGCUUUGGUUGCCCAUGGUGCCUAGCAUGUGGAACACUGCAAGAAGGACGUCGUCUCUACAUCAACUCGGAGCCGCCUGCACCAGAGAGGACAGCAGCAGGCAUACGCAGGGACAUGAAACUUGCCAUGGAGCUGCAGACUCCAGUCAAUGGACUGAAAGGGCCAUCAGCUUUCUGGCCUUUGCAGUACCUGGACCUUGUCGAGUGCUACACUGUGGAGUACAUGCAUUGUGUGUUACUUGGGGUGACCAGGCAGUUCACGGAGUAUUGGUUCGAUUCCUCUCACUGCCAUGAAAAGUUCUACAUAGGACGACCAAGCACCCUGAAUUUCCUGAACCGGCGCCUGAAGGGCAUUCAACCGCCACAUCAUAUUACACGCCUGCCUCGCUCAAUCCAGGAAAGGCACUUUUGGAAGGCCCAUGAGUGGCGAAAUUGGCUUCUGUACUACUGCCUACCGUGCUGCCAAAAUACUCUGCCAUCACCCUACAUGAAGCACUUCGCAAUUCUUUCCGAGGCCAUUUUUCUGCUCCUUCAAGAGCAACUCUCACCUCCGGCCAUUGCCCAAGCAGGUGAGGAGAAAUUUUGUGUAUCCUAAUCAAGCAGUUUUCACACAUGCAUUUUGUACUCAGUAGGGUUAUUUGAAAAACUGUACAUUGAUUGUACAAAAAAAAUAACAACAUGCAUUUUUGUAUUCAAGGAGCUGUGACAUAGUUGUCCUAUAUUAUCACUUUAUCAUUGAAACUGAGAGUAAAGGGCCCAUAAUGGACAUGCACCCAAAAAAUUCGUCUUUUAAGCGUGCAUUCUAAUAGAAAUUUCACCUUAAAGUGACAGCCCCUGAACAUCUCCCACUGACAGUGACUGCCAUUUUGAUAUCUACUGUGUGACAUCAGGAAAUGUGGAGGAGGAAGAAGUGGUUUUGAACAGAG